UUACUUCUGCACGACGGCAUCGCGAACUGAGGCAUAGUCAUGGCCUGCAACAAGACAUACACACAUGCAACCACAUGAUGAAUCAUCCACCGCUAUUUCCCCAUCCAUUCUCCCUUUCUCACCCUGAUGACCACACACGGGGUUGUUCGGGUCAAAUCUAUCGCGGAAUGGGUGGUUGGCCGUCAGCGUCUGCAGUGUGACGAUGGUCAGCUGACUGCCGUCAAGCCACUCCUCGCCAUUCACGCGCUCGAGCGUCGCGUCACCACGAUGGCUGAUGCGCCGCCCGAUAAACGACAGCUGCCGCAGCGCCUCACACCGCCCGUCGAACACCGCCCGGCUGCCUACCGCCUCCACGUCAGCACUAUGCAGCUCUAUCGGCCAUUUCCCCGGCCCAUGCCCCAGAUGCUCCGCCAUCCUCACUAUGGCCUCCCACCCCACCCACGCGCCGCCAUUCUCGAUGACAUACUGCCGACACACACAGACAUGACAACAGACACAGCAAACGUGAAAGCCGGAGUGCGUCCAACUGAGUACCAGCAGCCGCAGCAGGAAGUCCAUCGGCCGCAGCUGGUCCCUCCGCGCCCGCCGCGGCACCCGAUAGCUGACGACAUUCUGGAUGGCCUUGGCGACAAUCAGGCGGUCUAUCUGCGAUUUGAGGUAGUCAUCCGACACACGCUGGCUGCCGAGGGGGCAUGUGUGCCGAAAGAGAGCGAGGCCGUCAGCGCCAAUUGCGAAAAACAGCUCCCGCUCGAUGUCCUGCGGCAGGCGGAACAAACAGGGCGGCUGAUUGGCCGAAUCAGCAGCAGCGCUGGAGGCGGCUGCUGAGGCCGCCACCGGGGCCUUCUGUCGUUUCCUCAUCCCUACACUGCAGCAGCUGAUCCCUCCACAGCAGCGGUUUCAAGUCCCCUGUCGGUCUGUA